AUGCCUGAUGUUCGAAGAGAUUCCACUUUUGGAGCAGAGGAUACAGAUUUAAUUACACUACCCGUACCAGAAGGUUUCGCAGAUAGCCGAAGAGCAAGCCAGGUUCAACAUCAAAAUAACGAACCCACUACAGAGAAAAUACUCGUUGAAACAGCAACGACUUUGAUGAAAAUGGAAAUGGAACAAAAUACAAUCAAAGAAGAAAAAGAAAAGGAAGAAAGAGAAGAAAGAUGUUUGCACCAGAAAUCAAAGCCAGAUGUAGUUGAUUGCGCUGAAAGAAAUGCUACUGCAGUCGAUGACGAAAAAGAAUGCAGUAGCAUUUUGUCGGCUAUGUCUAAUGAGGAAGUAAGCAUUACGUCUGAGAUACUGGACCAAAAAUCAUUUAUACCGCGCAAAGAUAGUGAAGGCGAAGACAUGAACGGACACAUUUGCCACAUCGAUUCUCCAGAAACUGACACUUACCAUUCCACAUCGGAUGUCAUCCAUGGUGAGUCUUUAAUGGACGAUAUUAGUUCCAUGUUAGGUGAAGUGUAUGGAUACGGAAUGGAUAGUGUUGAGAAUACUUAUACUGACGACACGACGUUGUUUCCGAGCGAUAUAGAACGUAAAUUGAGCUUAAAGAGGGAUUCUCUAGAACGAAAGCAAUCUAUGGAAAGGAAACGUCGUACUUCGAAAUCUAAAUUAGAAAGUGCUUUAAGCGUUGAAGAAGACACGCAGUUUGGAUUUGAAAAUAGAGCGUUCAUGCCGCAACAUUCCUACAUAGACAAUAAAUUGGAGCCUGAUCAGCAACGGUAUUGUAGCUUGGCACAGUUUGUAGAAGGUAAUGAUAUCGCCCGGAGGUCAUUUAAACGACAUCGAUCUUCCACGAAAAUAUCUAAGACUGAAGCUAAUGUUACCAGACAAACUACUUUAUUAGAGGAGACUGAAGUUGUUUCACCCAGUUUAAGAGCUAGUCAAACUAGCCUCAAUAAGCUCCAAAAAGAGUUAUCCAAUCAAAGUUUAACAUUGCUAGAUGAUAAAGAUAAGGACGAGACGUGUAAAUUUCCCCAAGUAAGCGUAAUAGUAGAACCCCCGUCUCCCGUCCUCACCGAACAAAUACGCUCCGAACGCUUGGAGCAUAUUCGCGUAGAAAUUGAUGGCGAACUAGAUCCCGACCUUGAGCUGCUCUGUUCUAAGGCUGACCGACUGAGCGACAAAAUAAGCGACAAAAGUACCAGUAACAACAGUUCCAACUCCAACCUUUUGGGGAUCAGUCCUGAGAAUUUUCUUACGAGAUCCCCAGCUGCAACGAGAAGGAUUUCCUGUUGCAGUAUGUUAAAUCCUGCAGAAGCAGCUGCGUUGGCAGCGGCAGCUGCAGUUGGCAGCAAGUUCUACGAGGCGACUUCAGAAAAGAAAGAUCCUGACAAAAGAGAAGAGAAGGAAAACAGAAAGUUGCCUAUCAUCAAUCCCCUAGUACGGCUACCAACUUGGCCAAAUGUUAACACUGGAGGCGGAUUUAUUAGCAAGUGCCUCCUAGCCAAUGCGGAUACAUUAUGUGCAGCUGUGAGUCCUCUAAUCGACCCUGAUGAGACACUUUCGGAAGGUUUCUACGAACGUUGCGUAAUGAACAAUUACUUUGGAAUAGGUAUCGAUGCAAAAAUUUCUUUAGAUUUUCAUCACAAACGAGAAGAACAUCCCGAGAAAUGUCGAUCACGAGCUAAAAAUUAUAUGUGGUAUGGAGUAUUGGGUAGUAAACAGUGGUUGCAGAAAACUUACAAAAAUUUGGAGCAAAGGGUUCAACUUGAAUGCGAUGGUCAAAGAAUACCAUUACCAAGCCUUCAAGGAAUUGUAAUACUAAACAUUCCAAGUUUUAUGGGUGGAAUAAAUUUUUGGGGAGGCACAAAAGAGGGUGAUAUAUUUUUGGCGCCUUCUUUCGAUGACAAAAUACUAGAAGUUGUUGCUGUAUUUGGAUCCGUACAAAUGGCAGCUUCUAGACUAAUAAAUCUCCAGCAUCACCGAAUAGCUCAGUGUCAAAGCAUUCAAAUUAACAUUUUAGGAGACGAAGGUGUUCCCAUUCAAGUGGACGGUGAGGCUUGGAUCCAACCUCCAGGCAUCAUUCGCAUUCUGCACAAAAACCGAAUGCAAAUGUUAUGUAGAAAUCGUUCCCUUGAAAACUCACUAAAAAGCUGGGAAGAGAAACGUCGACAAAGUUUAUCAGCUCAAGGAGCUAAACCUCGCCCAUCAAUAUCACACGACAAAGGGCGUUCAAGUCUUACCAGGCAAUCUAUGCCCGCUCACGAGAAAUCUUUCUUGGGUGUCAAUAUCGAAAAAAUUCGUCAACACUCAUUUAGUGGAGCUGUACCUACUCAACAUAUCGAAAAAGAAAAGUUAACAGUUACAUUUGUCGAUAAGCCGAUAGAUCCAGCUGAGCCCGAUUUACUCUUCAGUGAGGAAGAACAUUAUUUACUAAUCAAUUUUAUUGAAUGCGUAACGACACUUACGAAAUGGAUAAAAAUACUAGCUAUAAGAUAUCAAUUAGAAAUCGACCUUUAUUCUUUUGCUAAUAACGUCGAUUCCUGCCUGGAGAAAAUCCACCCCAACGGUAAGAUACUUGAAGGGCCGCAGCUGCGAGAAGAAUUCACCAAAUUAGUAGCAGCUGUCAAACAUCUCUACGAAGAAAGUUGUUGCUUACUACACGAUAGGGGAGACAAGCUUAAAUUAAGAGACGAUCUCGAAAACAAACUAAGCGCUAGUUUAGCGAAUACGGAACUGGAAAUGAGAAAAUGUGUAAUGUACGAUACUUCUUCGGGCAGUUUGGUAUUCUUGCAGCCUCUUCAAGGAGAUCAAGAACAUAAAAGAAAGGGAUUAUUUUGGCUCAAAUUCCGAGCUAAAGGUUCCGGGUCUUCCCAACAACAAUCCUCCCAAAAGCGGGAGGUCGCCUCCUGGAGCACUCAGGAAGUGGCUACGUGGUUGGAAACGUUACAACUUUCCGAAUACGUGGAGAGUUUCGAGAAAAAUGACAUUCGCGGUCGUGAGCUACUCACCCUCGCCAGACGAGAUCUCAAGGACUUGGGUGUCACAAAGGUGGGUCACGUCAAAAGAAUACUGCAAGCCAUUAAGGAUUUGACACAAGGUUUAUAA